AUGGCAGACCAAACCCCCCGCGCAGACCUCGCAAAGCGCCAAAUCCCCUUCAUGACCCUCGCAACAGGCGACACCACCACUCUCCCAGGCGGUCCCGCCCGCACCGCCUCCGCAUCCGACACCCCCGAAUCCCGCUUCGGCCUCCCGGGCACAGCAGUCCUAACAGGCGGCACCGGCGCCAUCGCCCACGCCGUCGCGCGCGCGAUGCUCCAGCACGGGUUGACGGGCCUCAUGCUCCUCGACCUAGACGUCUCGUCCCCCGCCGCGGAGACCCAAAUCGCGUCUUUGAGGACCGAGUUCCCAUCGACAACGAUCCUUGCUCGGAGUGUAGAUGUCACGGACGAAGGGGCCGUUCAGGAAGCUAUGGAGUGCGCGGCGAGCGAGUUGGACGGGAUUGAUUAUCUAGUGUGUUUUGCGGGGGUUGUGGGCUGCCACCACGCGCUCGAAAUGUCGGCCUCACAGUUCCGGAGGAUUCUGGAUAUCAACACCACGGGCGCCUUCAUCUGCGCACAAGCCGCGGCGCGCAUCUUUGUGAAGCAGAACCGUGGCGGGCGGAUCGUGUUUACGGCGAGUGUUUCUGCGCACAGGGUGAAUUUCCCGCAGCCGCAGGCCGGGUAUAAUACGAGUAAAGGCGCGCUGCUGCAGUUGAAGAGUAGUCUGGCGGCGGAGUGGGCGCGAUACGGGAUUACGGUGAAUAGCGUGAGUCCGGGGUACAUGGAUACGGUGCUGAAUGAGGGGGAGGGGUUGAGGGAGGCGAGGGAGGUUUGGGCGGGGAGGAACCCGAUGGGGAGGAUGGGGUUGCCGGAGGAGGUUUAUAUUCAGCUGCUCAGAGAGAUGGGUGAAAGAGUGUCAGAGUUUGCUCUCGAGAAGUGA